CUUUCUUUUAUCCUUUCUUUUUUAAUCAAAUGUGUAUUAUUCGAUUGGUAUUUUUUCUUAAAGUUGGCAGAUCCCUAUUCCGGAAAAGAAGACGGCGGAUCUGCCGAGCUCAGCGCCUGUCUGUGACUGGCCCACUUCUUCCCUCUUCUGGUCGCCAUCCAAACUGAUGCGGAGAAUGGUUAUGUCUGCGUCAUUGGCUGGUCGGGAUCUGGGAUCGGCUUGCUCCGACCGACAGUUGCCUGACUGGGUCUCACUGGCUGUGCUACCUGGGCUAGUCUUGAUAUCAAGCAACUACUUUUCGAGGUACUUACACAGUACACCGAGUACGGAGGAGUCGGUCGCGAUCUAUUAUCUAAUUCUAUCGGUCUAUCUCUAUCUUGCUGGAGAGCUAGUUGAACUUGGGAGCAUCGUCCCAACGAACCAUGGACGCCUUCCUGAAGAUCGCUUCAAAUUUAAUUUUGACGGCCGAGAAGGGUCCAGCUGCUCCUUUCCAGUCCGCUCUUGGUAUUAAUCUACGAGUAGUGUACUCACGAGCUAAGAAAUAAUCUACAAACAACAAAUCUCAUCCCCUUCGCUUCUCCCUCCAACAGGGAUGUAAGAGCAUCAUCCCUACACUCCCCCCCCCCCCCCCCCCCUCCAUCAUCACAUGGCAUAUGCUCGAUUACUUCGGGAUCUUG